GACAAGCUCACACCGGAAUGGAGAUUACAACGCACCCAAUAACCCCUCCAGAUAAGACUUAUUUACGCCUCAUUACUUUUUUCUAUCUCAUUCUGUACCCCCUAAUUGUUAAGACUAGCGUGAGUCCCCAUCAAAUUUACAAUUUCACUUGGCUACUUUAUAACCAAGCUGGGGACGUGGUAAACUCCACCUCCAAAGUACAAGCUACCAUCCCUUGGGAUCCUAUCCAGGUGGAUCUCUGUGCGUUGGCAUUGGGGGCUGGGCCCGAAUGGGGAACCCCUGAUCUCUUUUAUCCGCAACCGUCUGCCCCUAAACAACAUACUUCGGGUACAGGCCCCGGGUGCGGGAGUGACACCCAGAGGGCUGUGCUAACCCUACAAGACGGGAUAUAUGUUUGCCCUGGAAGUCACCGGCCCAGGGAAACUCAUUAUCGCUGUGGAUGGGUACCUCACUAUUGCGGCUCAUGGGGAUGUGAAACCACCGGGGAUGUCCACUGGAAGCCUUCUUCUAAGUGGGAUUACAUAUUAGUUAAAAGAACUAACCCCCCUCGGCGGACAUAUGGGUCUCCCGACCAAUGGCCGUUGCAUAGUCAGUGUGGCUCAACUUCACAACGAAAAGGAUGGUGCAACCCACUUGAAAUUUCCUUUACUCAAGCAGGACAACAGGCUCCGUGGAGUACCAUGGGCCGAGGGUUCGAGUGGAGCCUUUGCCUCUAUCAAGACGGUCGGGAUUCCUGUCUUAAUUUUAGACUCAAACUCCAAAUAACUUCCCCAUCCAAAAUGGCAGUCGGGCCAAAUAAAAUAUUAACCAAACAAAAGAGCCCACCCGCUCUACCUUUUCAAAAGGAAAAAUUCCAUAAGCAAGUGCUUGUUAAGAAUCGGCCCACCCAAACGCCUGCUAGCAAUCGGUCCAGCCUGACUCCCCAGACACCCGUUUUUUUAAAUAAGUCUGUAACAACCACGCCUCCUUUGCCCGGUUCUGUGUCCACCCCUUUGCCCGGAGCAGAGAGUAGGCUCCUCAGCCUAAUACAUGGGGCUUACCAAGCACUAAAUAAUUCUAACCCCAACAGAACUCAGGAUUGUUGGAUGUGCCUUGCCUCACCUCCCCCUUAUUAUGAGGGAGUGGCUGUUGUUGGAAAUUGGACAAACCACACUAAUGUCCCUCCCCAGUGUUCCAAUCUGCCAUCCCAUCGGCUGACUCUUACAGAAGUAACAGGACAAGGGCUCUGUGUAGGUUCUGUUCCCCCCCGAUACCAGGGCCUCUGUAACAAAACCAUGACCCUCAAACCAGGCGCCUAUUAUUUAACAGGGCCAGAUGGGUUAUAUUGGGCAUGUAAUACUGGCCUGACUCCCUGCUUAGCAGGACAAGCUCAUAAUCAAACUCAUGAAUGGUGUGUCAUGGUUGAAGUGUGGCCUCGGGUCACAUUACAUAACUCUGAAGAAGUCUAUCAACACUAUGAGGGAAAUCUCCGGUUCCGUAGGGAACCCGUAUCCAUAACACUAGCCCUUAUAUUGGGAGGACUCACCGUUGGGGGUAUUGGGGCUGGCAUAGGUACCGGAGCUGCUGCUUUACAUCAGACAAACCAAUUUCAUUUACUACAGCAAGCUAUGCAUUCAGAUUUACGAGCCUUAGAAGAAUCUGUUAGCGCCUUAGAAAAAUCCUUGACUUCACUUUCUGAAGUAGUAUUACAAAAUAGAAGGGGGCUAGAUUUGGUAUUUCUAAAGGAAGGGGGACUGUGUGCAGCCUUAAAGGAAGAAUGUUGUUUCUAUGUGGAUCACACUGGAGUGGUCCGAGAUAAUAUGGCAAAAUUAAGGGAAAGACUAAAACAGCGGGAAAGCUAUUUUAAGACAGGACAGUCGUGGUUCCAGGGCUGGUUUAAUUCAUCCCCUUGGCUCACUACUUUAAUCUCUUCCGUCACAGGGCCCCUAGUUGUGUUACUCCUAAUUAUAACCAUUGGACCCUGCAUAAUAAAUAGGCUUCUACAGUUUAUUAACGACAAAAUGACCGUUACUCAUGCUUUAAUCCUAACCCUACAACACCAGAGUUUAAAACUAGAAGACAUAGAAGACUCACUUUAAAUGCAGCUAUUCUUUAAUUUUAAGAUUAAAAUUAGUACAGAAAGGAGAUGAGGGAAUGUAAGGCCCUAAAAUAAUUUUAAUAACAGGUAAAAGAAAUUUGACGGGUUUAAAAUAAAGUUGCUGGAGCUAACUGCAUAUUAUUCUGCUUUUGUAUGAAAUGGCUAAGCUUGCAGUAAUUUUGCAGGAAAUGAGAUUGCUUUUUAUGAGAUGGCUGAGUUUGCAAUAUGUAACCGUUUUUAGGAACCAAAAAGGCUACAGUUAACAGAAAAUGUACCCAACCUAUAUACUGUAACACCGCGGUGACCCCCUUACUCAUGCUUGCUCAAGUAAAAAUUGGAAAAAUCCCUAAGGCGUACUGCAUGUAUCUUGUUCCCUUUUGGAAAUCCCCUGUACUUUGUUCCUUUUUGCCCUGGAAAGUCCCUAUACCUUGUGAUCAUUCGUAAUGAUGUGGAAAUAUGCUAAUGUUGCGGUUUUUAGCCUUAAAUACUCCGUGUAAUCGAUGAUCAGGUGCCUCUCUUCUCGCACUGCACUGAGGUGUGUUGUGCUCUGAGACGGCCCAUUUGCGCAAAUGCAAUAAA